AUGUAUAGACAAUCAAUAUACGAACAACCCGCCGAGGAAUUAGCAAUUUUGAAACAUUAUGGACUUGAUACUUUAUAUCCGGAAGUUUGGGUAGAGGAAAAUGAUAAUAGAAAAUCUACCAGAUUUUCUAUUAUCGAGGGACCAGGUCAACCUGUCAAUGGUAAUAAUACCGCAUCAGGAGACGAAAGGUUUAGUUGGGAUGAUUCUGAUCCUCUUGGUUUAAAACCGAAUGUUUUUUGGAAUGAUCCAUUACCUCCUAAAACUAACAAUAAUCAAGAACUUUAUGAAAAUAUCAAAGAAAAAUCACAAUUACUCGUUUGCACCAAAUCAUUUUAUCCCAAAUUAUUUUUACGUCGAGUUCACAAGGAUACACCUUAUGAUGAUUUAGCGAUAGGAGCACAAACUUUAAGAUAUACUUUGGAUCAAAAAUCAGAAGCACUUCGAAAUUUGGUGCAAGAUAAUUUUGAUAGAUUUGUUAGUGCUAAAACUACUAUUGAUACUGUUUAUGGUGAGAUGAAAGCAAAAAGUUUAAAUAAAGAAAGUGAAUAUGGAGUUAAAGGAUUAGAUAAUGCAUUAUCUGCUGAUCAAUUAUUUGGUCCAGUAUUAGCUAAUAGAAAAAAAGCCGAAAAAAUACGUAGUACAUUAAGUCUCUUGGAAAAAUAUAAAUUUUUCUUUAAUCUACCAAUAAUAAGAGAAUAUAAAAAAGGAAAAAUUGUACUUGAAUCAACCAUGUCAACUACUUCUACUAAUAAUAAUACUGAAUCAACAACAGUAACAUCAUCUACCACUGCAACUUCUGAUAAUAAUUCCAUAGAAAGAGAAACAACAGAAGAUACAGCACUUGCUGCACAAUAUAGAAAAGUUUUUGAUAAAGUUUGGGCUGAAAUUGAAAAAAUAAUGGAAGAAAUGAAAGAUCAGUUAUUUAAACAAUUGACAGAACAUUGGAGAUCAAUGGAAGAACAAGAGAAAAUUAUUAACAUUUUACUUGAAUUAGAUACAGUUGAGGAUCCAGUCUGGCAUUAUUUAGACAGUCAAUAUAAAUAUAUUAUAGAUCUUCUCAAAGAAUCUUAUUCUGAACAAUUAGAUAAGAUAAUUGCUUUGAAGAAAUCACUUCAAGUAACUUCAGCAGAUCCCAAGGAACUUGCAUUGCCUAGUAAAGACAUGGAUGUACAAAUAUGGAAGGCAACAUUAGAAAUUGUUAAAUCUUUAUCAGAUUUACUAUUAAGAUGUUUACCUGACUUUUGGAAACUUAGUAAAUCAUUUAUAGAAGGGAAAUUCCAAAAGACUCCCACUAUACUAAGUGCUAAUAGGCGUAGACGUCAAGCAAUGGAUCUUAGAAAAGUUGAACAAUGUCAAAAUAUGGCUAAAGGCGUAAUCGAUCUUUAUGCUUCAUUAUUAUCUGAAUUCUUUAAUCUCAUACCUCCCUCUUCUACAUAUUCAUAUUCAUAUUUAUCAUCACCGGCUUUAUUAUCACCUUUACCUCAAGAUACAAACAGUAACAAUAACGCUGAUAAUUAUUUACUUUCAUUUGUUCCACCUCAAUCAGAUUCAGUUACAAGUUGUUACUUUUUAACAAAAGUUCUUCAUGAAAUGAGCGAAUGUGUUAAUGAUAUUAAUGCAAUUAAUAUGUCAGCAGAUGCAUCUGGUGCAUUAUUUGCUUUAAUGGAAAAAACUAGAUGGAAAUUUGUAGAAAUUAUAUGUGACGCAUGGAAUUCGGAUGCAAAAUCAUUUUAUUUAUUAGAAGAUUGGACCCUUGAUCAAGAUAAUCGAGAAAUUACAAAUUUUUUACGAAAUUUUCAUAUAUUUCACAAAUAUAAUUCUCGUUGUGCGUAUAAAAUUGCAAGUUUAGAUUAUGUUUCUGAUAAGGAUGAUUCUAAAGGUUCAUCUAAGAUUACCGAUGUAUAUUUAAAAAAGAUUAAAGCUGCAUUCCUUGAUUCUCUAUAUUCAUAUCUGGACGGUUUAGUACAUUUAGUAUUUUCAGAAUAUGUUCCACUUGAACCUUCUUCUGAUAAAGAAUCUAUUGAUAUCAUUCAUAAAUCAAGAAUUGAUCCAACUUCAAUGGAUUCUAGAAUUUUACUUACUGUUAGCAAUUUAUCUAAUCUUAAGCAAAUGAUGAUUCCGAGGAUUGUAUCUCAGUUCGAAGGUGCAUAUAAAUGUAAUAUGUCUGAAGAUACUCAAACGUUAAAUGAUGUCGUGGAUCAAUUAGAUGGAAUAUUAUUUGAAGAUUACAUUAAGAGAAAAACAGAAAUUGUGCGUGACAUCGUGAUUAAUGGUAUUACUUCAGGAGAAAUAAAUUGGUAUAGCAUAUCUAAACCAACAGCUUUAUUGUCACUUGUAUUUGUUCAUGCUGAAAUUAGUGAUAUUACAAAACCACUUGUCAAUCGGGCAUUAUCAGUUUUGUUGGAAAAUAUGGCACUUAAUUGCCUUGAAGCUUUUCAGAAAGUUGAAAAGUUUGGUAUGGGUGGAAUGCUUCAGGCAACAUUAGAAAUUGAAUUUAUGCAUCAAACUUUAUCUCAAUAUGUAACUCCUCAAGCUCAAGAAACACUUCAACUAAUUUACACCACUAUUGAACAAUUAUAUGAUACUUCUCAAGAAUCUGGUAAUUUAGAAUCAGAAUUGGGUAGUGUCAAACAAUUAUUAGUUGAAAGUCGUAAAAAUACUAGUUUACAAUUUUUAUGUUUCAAAAAACCUAAAUAA